GUUUCAAAGAAAGCGGGUAGAGAGAGAAAUAAAGCUUUAAAUGCGAGUGGGUUCUUGAUUGAUGAUUCUUGUCUUCGUUGUCUUCUUCUCUUAGGCACUAAGCAUACAGCCUCGCCCUUUUUUUCAUAUAAUCUUCUUCUUGUACCCUGCGGUUGUAGAUCAGCAUCUUCUGAAGACAAAAUUAUUCAGUUUUACCCAUUUUUGGCCGGAAAGAAUGGAUUUUUACCCAUACCCAUCUCGUCCCUCUCCUUGCCCAUUGCAUUCGUUCAGGAAUUUCGUCGAAAGGGUUAAGGAUUUCUUCAAUUCUGCAGUUUCUGCUGUCAUUGGGAACAUUUUCUCUGCGAUUUUGACCUUUUUCUUCGCUUUAGUGGGCACCUUGUUAGGAGCCAUGACUGGAGCUUUGAUAGGGCAGGAGACUGAGAGUGGAUUUGUUCGAGGGGCUGCUGUUGGGGCCAUUUCUGGAGCAGUGUUCUCAAUUGAAGUUUUUGAAUCUUCCCUUGUUCUCUGGCAAUCUGAUGAAUCAGGGAUUGGAUGCCUUCUGUAUUUGAUUGAUGUAAUUGCAAGUCUUCUUAGUGGAAGGCUUGUAAGGGAACGAAUUGGUCCAGCAAUGCUAAGUGCCGUGCAGAGUCAGAUGGGAGCUGCUGAAACAAGUUUUGAUGAGGUAACUAACAUCUUUGACACCAGCAGUUCAAAAGGGUUGACAGGAGAAUUGGUUGAAAGGAUCCCAAAAAUCAAAAUCACAAACAAUGAUAAUACAGAUGCUUCAGGAGAGAAAGUUUCUUGUUCAGUUUGCCUUCAGGACUUCCAACUUGGAGAAAUGGUUAGAAGACUGCCUCAUUGCCAUCACAUGUUUCAUCUACCCUGCAUAGAUAAGUGGCUUCUCAGUCAUGGUUCUUGUCCAUUAUGCAGAAGGGAUUUAUAAUUCUGUUUUUGUAAAUUCCACACUUAGAAAAGUUCAUUUAUUAUUUAUACUGCUGUUUCCCUAGGGCUUUCAUAUUUUGGUUAUCAACCUGCUUACUCUGUCUCUCCAGAUGGUUUCAGUUCAUCACAUCUCUCGAUGGAUUGGUUUACUCAAUUAGUUCUAUGUAUAAAAGUUUUGAUCAGUUAUGAUGGUACUAAUCACAUAUCUUGAUACUCCGUCCUCACUCCCUUUUCUUGGAUUAUAUCUUCGGAAUUCUAUAGCUA